AUGCACCAUCCAGGUGUCACUUUCGGCCUCUCCUACAGCAUCCCUCCUCCCCCUCCUCCUCUUCCCAACAACGAGCACGCACUGAGGGUUGAGAACAGUAUCCUCCAGAGCCUGAAUGAUAGCCUCAAGGCCGACGUCAGUAAACUCAAGAGCGAGAACCGUAGUCUAAAGACCGAGAUUAGAACUCUAAAUGAAACGUUGAAAAUAUGGUACGGACAUGCUGAGGAUCUGCGGAAGCUGGUUGUGGGGUUUAAUACUAGCCUGACGGGGAUAUUGGAUCUUAAUUGGAACUAUAAGGAGAAGACUGCGAAAAGGGAACGUUAA